AUCACAGCUCUAUUCAGUCAACUCAGCACCACCACAAUGAUUUCCCCUCGUCUUGCAUUCCUCGUCGGACUCGUAUGUCCCAUCGUCAACGCCGCAGCCUCCUCCCCCAACGACACAUACAUACACCCAAAGAACGGCCUCUGUACAGACUACACCAUCACCGAAACCGUAACCUGGAGCAAAGGAAUCUGGAACUUGACGAAACCGCAGAACAAUUUCGAUAUCGCGGCUCUACGCACCAGUCUCGGUGCACUGGACUCGCAUGUCGUUCCGUUCUCGGGAUUCGAGAAUGCGACGGACAGCUACGAGCUUUCGGGCACGUUCUGCGAGCCGGUGGUGAAGAAUGGGGAUAAGCAUCACACGGUGCUUCUUGCUACCCAUGGAGGCGGGUAUGAUCGACGGUACUGGGCUUCAUCGUUCAGACCCGAUGAGUAUAAUUUUGUGCAAUUCGCUCUGGAGUGCGGGUAUUCGGUGUUCUAUUAUGAUCGUCUGGGUACUGGGAAGUCGCAAAUCGUCUCCGGAUACGAUGUGCAGAGUGGGAACCACAUCGAGCUUCUCGCGAAGAUUGCGCAAGGCUUGCGCAAGGGGAAAUACGCGACUGGGAAAGCAGCGAAGAAAAUUGUUUUGGUUGGACAUUCGCUGGGUUCCAUCUUCUCCUUUGGCGCAGUAACAAAGUACCCGGAAAUAGCCGAAGGUCUGGUCCUCACAGGCGCAUCCCUCCCCAAUUCCACAGACGUAGCCAACAAAUUCCGCGGCCUAAACCCAACAUACCAAAACACGCUUCUAGCAUCCAGCGUCGACCCACCCUACGACAGAGACUCCGCAUACGUAUCCAUGGGCGAUAUCUACGCGCACGCCGGAUCCUUCUUCCACGAGCCCUUCGACAUCCCGACAAUCGAGUACGCGCAGUCCAUCACGCAGCCAACCUCGCUCCUCGAGAUGCUAUCGUCCGGCCGCGUCAGCAACGCGCCGGUAUCGUAUAAUGGCAGUGUGAUGAUCACGACGGGCGAGUGGGAUAUGCUUGCGUGCGGGGGGCAUUGCCAGGAGAGGUUUGAUUAUGGGACGCAGAAUAGCACGUUUGGGAACGCGAGGGUGAGGAAGACGUAUAUUCAUCCUGGGGCGGGGCAUGGGGUUAAUUUCGCGAGGGGGGCUAGGGUGUUUUAUGGGGAGAUUAUGGGGUUUAUUGGGGAGUUUGUUUGA